AUGAAAAACUACAAAAAAGUUGGAAAUUCAAAUACAAAACAUAUAAAUGAUGAGAUUGGUUAUUAUAAGGAAUGUAUAAGGUUUUUACCUUCUGAAAGAGUGAAUGAUUAUACUACAUCUGAUGCAAUAAUUUAUGAUAGAUUAAGAGAGGCAGGAUUAAAAAGAAAUAAAGCAUUAUAAUUUUGUACUGCUCAUCAUUGUAAGAUUGAUUCAACAUAAAGUAAACAUGGACCUCCUGGUUUGAAGAUUUUUAAGACAAAAAUAGAUAAAUAUAGGUAAGUGAAUGGAUGGUAAAUGUUAGGAAGAUUAAAAUAUGAAGAGUCAAUAUAAUAAGAAUAUUGUGAUGAUACAAGAUGGUAAAUAUAAGUUUAAAAUAAAGAAGAGUCGAAAUAAUUAGAAUAAUUAAAAUAAUUUUACAGUGAUCUUGAUAUAAAAUAUUCAUUUAAUGAUUUGAGUUUAGAUGAAACAAUAACUAAAUUACGAUCAUUAUCAUCUGAAUAAAACUAUAAGAAUAGAGUUCCAUAACAUUAAUUUAAGGAUUCUAAAAAUAAUAUGAUAUAUUAUGAGAUGGCAGAAUACAUUUUAUAAUUAAAAAAACCACAAAAUACAUUGAUAUCUGAUUUAUGUGCAUUUGAUGAUUCUCUUCCAUUAGUAAGAUAAGAAUAUUAUGAAAUUUAACCGAAAAGAAUUGAAAAGGCAGCACCAUUGUAUUCUCCUGAAAAUUCUCAAAAAAGAUCGAAUUUAAUAAGAGAGUUGACUAGAGCUUAUACUGGACAAGUCAAUAUUAAAGAAGCAGAAGAAGGACUAAUAAAAGUAAGUGUUUUCAUUAUUUUUGGCUAUUAGAUCAUCUUAUUAAAUUGAUUAUAACUAGAGUUAAUAUGUUUAAGGAUUUAAAUAAAAGAAUACAAAUAAUGUAGUACUUUCGAGUUUAAAUAAAAUUGAAUAAUCAAAAGUUAAGAAAUUUAAACAAAGAUGUAGUAUAAUGACUGAAAGAAUAAGUAAUAAAUCAUAAGAAGAAGAGAAAAUUGAUAAAACUUAACAAUUUAAUAAUAAAUUAAAAGAUUUUGUUCAAAAAAGCAUUAAGAGAUUGAAUUAUUAAGGAAAUAAACAAUUCUUUUGA